AUGCCACCUCGUCUGAUUUUUGGAGCAGGGGGCAUUGGUACCACUGCCAAAAGCUUCACCUUCACAUGGGACACUCCCGAAAAAGUGUCGGAUCUUUUGUCGGUCUUGCAGGAGCUCAACAUCUUGGAGCUCGAUUCCGCCGCCGCCUACCCGCCGGGCAACAAAUGGAAUUCCGAGACGCUCUUGGGCCAAAGCAAAGCAGCUGAAAAGGGCUUCAUCGUUGACUCCAAGGUGAACGCUGAUCGUCCUCUGCCACACCUUGACGAAGAGCGCAUCAACGUCAGCAUCGGCCAGACCCUAGGCCUUCUCGGGGCUGACCGUGUGAGAGUUUACUAUGCUCAUGCGCCGGAUCCGAGUACACCUUUGGAGGAACAGGCUAGGGCUUUCGAUCUCCAGUAUAAGGCCGGCAAAUUUGAGAAGCUCGGACUUUGCAACUAUAACACCAAAGACAUGGAAGAGUUCUUCGCCAUCUGCGACGAGAAGGGCUACGUUAAGCCGUCGGUGUACCAGGGACAAUACAACGCUUUGCAACGGCACCCUGAGAAAAACCUGAUGCCGCUGUUGCGCAAGCAUAACUGCGCUUUCCAUGCCUACAGCCCGGUAGCUGGCGGUUUCCUCACAGGCAAAGUCACUUUUGCUCUCGGUGACCCCAAUUCCAAGGCGUUGGAGCGCACUCGAUGGAGAGGGGCGAGCGCCUUGCCCUUCGCCAUCGAUACAUACGAUGACCCGGCCAUGCACCAGGCGAUCUGGAAGCUGAAGGAGGCUUGUGAUGCCGUGUCACCGCAGAUACUGCUUCAGGAUGCUGCCUUGCGCUGGCUGAUGCACCAUUCGGCGCUGGCAGAAGGGGAUGGCAUCAUCUUUGGCGCGAAGACAAUCGACCAACUGCGGGCGAACGUGGCCGGGGCGAGAGCAGGGCCAUUGCCCGAUACAGUAAGGAAGACGGUGGACAGGCUUUGGGACUUGGUCAGGGAGAAGGAACAGGUGUGGCUGAACAUGUCAGACCAUCAAAGGUGGAAGUCAAAGGCGUAG